GUCCAUAACCGUCUCUCCAAAGGUCCCACUCACACUGCGCAUUACACGUAUUCAGAAUCUUCGGACUUGAGUCCCAUCCAUAACCUACUCACCGACUUGUCUCUCUUCGUCCUGAGCAUUUUCCAAGACUCGGCAAGCAGCACGUCGAGUCUCAACUGUGAGAGAAAUCGGCGCGUGCAAGAUUGAGUAGCUGGGGGCUUAGCUUAGUUGGCUACCGCUGUCAUGGUUCGCGGCGACUGGGCCAGGGAGCCCUUCUCCCGGAACCAGUGGCUUCAGGAUCGCGUCUCUGCGGAUAACUCACCUAUCGAGCCUCAACCUCGAUACCAUGAGCCCAACGAUGCCCGUCGGCCGCCCCUCAACAUAGAAAAGGCUCUGCGGGAACAUUGUAACAUACCCGCCCGCUACUAUUUUGUCGCAGCAAUUCUGGACGAUGGUACGGCGCAAACUUUCUCGGGUCCAGGUCGCUUCCACUUGGCUCCUAUUGAAACGUUUUUCAGCAUGGAUGCAUUCCGCCGGCAAGUAAAGAGAGCAGAAUCCGCUGCCAGUCCUAUCCACGAGGAUGAUCCUCACGGCUUCACCUACGGUCCUGGUUUCGCACAACAUUCUUUGGAGCGACGUCGACAAGGAAGCGAGGCGUUUGGUGACGACGACCAUGUCGGUUUUGGCCCGCGUAAGAGGAGCCGGGGCAACCGACGGCCGAUAAACGACGACGAUGGACCGACUGUCACGGUUGGGGCGACAAAGAGGGCUUUGAGGAUCGGCGAUUCGCGCGAGGUGUGGGACUUUUACGACCAACGAUUCAGGAAUUGCCAGCAAACCGCCUGUAAGCUCAUAGCGAAGGCGUGGGUCAAAGUCGUCGAGCCUAAGAAACAGACCAACCACCCCUAUACCGGGCAGGACGAGAAGGCGCCAGAGUGGUGGCCGAAACCUUGGGGUCCGACGAAAGAUGAGAAGGUGAGGCAUAAGGAACCGGAUCAUUUGUACAAGAAAGAACGAGUCCACCUUCUCUGUCACAUUCUACGAAUGAUUGUGGAGCCCAACGAGAAGCAACAUCCCUCUAUACGGAAAAUGAAACUGGACAUUCAGAAGUUGAAGGAGGCAACUGAUGAGGCGUUGUCGUCGUUCUUUUCGGGUAAAGAGAAUGAAAAGAAUGCGAAGAAGAAGCCUUAUCUCGACGAGAUCUUCAAAGUCGCCUUGCAAGAGCAACGGUACAAACAUGGAGAGAUAGAUGGGGACUCGUUGAUAUACGUCAUGGCAGAGGAUCGGUUUCCCGAGACGGGCAUUUCCGAAAACGAUGAUGGUGGGAUACUUACCAAGGAAGACGGCGACCCCCCAUCCGUCCCGUCGAGUGCUUCUCCAUCGAAAGCAUCGCAGCACGACGUACUACUGCACAGAGUACAUGGCUCCAACACCGACCAUAGUCAAGGAGGUCAUAUGCAGGGUGGCGGCUCCUUUGUCGGCGAAGUAGCCGUAAGGGAACCAUCACAUUACGCGGCACAGAUGCUUCCGCCCACCAUGCAUUCCGAAGCGCACUUCGUACAGGGCGGCAACCUGCAGCACCCUUCCGGGGGCCUGCCAAUGCACGACCUGGUACCGAGCCCACAAGACGGUCAACGGCGCACCUCUAUCUUUGGCAGCCCAGCGGAGUACUCGAAUGCGCCGCCCGCCGCCGCGGUCUACACGCCAGCGUGGCACCAGCAGCACCAGCAGCACCCAGGCACUACGGCGCCAGACACGACAUCGAUGUACUCGUUCCCGUCACAUCCCCCCGCGGCGGCAACACAGGGACAUUUCGGUGGGCAUCCGAACGUGCCUGUUGCCCAGGGUCAGUAUAUGGGGUCUCAGUACGACGGUUUGGCACGCGGCAAUUUUGAUCAGGCGACCUUGUUUCGACACCCGGCCGGCCCCAGCCCUGCCCAAGUUCAGGGCCCUCAGGGCUAUCCAGCUUAUCUCCCUCCCGACGGACGCAGCAUGUCCAGUUGGAACCCGGAUGCCAAAGCCGAGCCGAUAGCCCGGCCGACCAACUCCCAUCAUGGGCAGUAUCCGUAACACGAC